CGAGCGGGGCGCGCGGGGCGCAGAUUGAGGCCACUAUUUAACCGCACGACGGCCGCGCAACGACCUGUUGUGAUCCCGUCAUGGCGCGCUACGCCCGUGUCGCUACUCUGGCCGCGUGUCUCUUGUUCGCCUGCGCUGUUGCCGAUGGGCACCGAUGGCGGCGGCAAGCAGACGAGGCGCCGAAGAAAGACGACAACUUGGAACAAGAACUAUGCAAGGACAAGGACGCUGGCGAAUGGUUCCGGUUGGUGGCCGGCGAGGGCGACAACUGUCGCGACGUCAUCCAGUGUACCGCCUCGGGUAUCCAAGCCAUCCGUUGCCCCGCUGGCUUGUACUUUGACAUUGAAAAACAGACCUGCGAUUGGAAAGAUGCUGUCAAAAACUGUAAGGUUAAGAAUAAGGAACGCAAGGUAAAGCCUCUGCUGUACACUGAGGAGCCGAUAUGUGAAGACGGUUCCCUUGCCUGCGGUGACUCCCGCUGUAUCGAGCGAGGCCUCUUCUGUAAUGGUGAAAACGACUGUGAUGACGGCUCUGACGAAAACUCCUGCGAUAUUGACAACGAUCCUAACAGAGCCCCGCCUUGCGACGCUUCACAGUGUGUGCUCCCUGACUGUUUCUGUUCUGAGGACGGCACAGUGAUCCCCGGUGACUUGCCGGCUAGAGAUGUGCCCCAGAUGAUCACCAUCACUUUCGAUGACGCAAUCAACAACAAUAACAUUGAGCUGUACAAAGAAAUAUUCAAUGGAAAACGUAAAAACCCGAACGGUUGCGACAUUAAAGCCACCUUCUUUAUAUCGCACAAGUACACCAACUACUCAGCCGUGCAAGAAACUCAUCGCAAGGGACAUGAAAUCGCAGUACACUCAAUUACACAUAAUGAUGACGAACGCUUCUGGAGCAACGCUACUGUAGACGACUGGGGUAAAGAAAUGGCCGGCAUGAGAGUAAUCAUCGAGAAAUUCUCAAACAUCACUGACAACAGCGUUGUUGGUGUUCGUGCUCCCUACCUGCGUGUUGGUGGAAACAACCAGUUCACCAUGAUGGAAGAGCAAGCCUUCUUGUACGACAGCACCAUCACUGCGCCUCUUUCCAACCCUCCUCUAUGGCCGUACACCAUGUACUUCAGAAUGCCACACCGUUGCCACGGAAACUUGCAAAGCUGCCCCACAAGGAGCCACGCUGUUUGGGAAAUGGUCAUGAACGAGCUUGACCGUCGUGAAGAUCCCAACAAUGACGAAUACUUGCCUGGUUGCGCUAUGGUAGACUCUUGCUCUAACAUUUUGACUGGAGAUCAGUUCUACAACUUCCUUAACCAUAACUUUGACCGUCACUACGAACAAAAUCGUGCUCCUCUCGGUCUUUACUUCCACGCCGCGUGGUUGAAGAAUAACCCUGAAUUCUUAGAGGCUUUCUUGUACUGGAUCGAUGAAAUUAUUCAAAGCCACAAUGACGUUUACUUUGUCACCAUGACCCAGGUGAUCCAAUGGAUCCAAAACCCGCGUACAGUCAGUGAAGCCAAAAACUUCGAGCCCUGGAGGGAGAAGUGCGCCGUGGAAGGUAUUCCCGCGUGCUGGGUGCCACACUCGUGCAAGCUCACAUCUAAGGAGGUUCCCGGCGAAACCAUUAACCUGCAAACGUGCUUGAGGUGCCCCGUCAACUACCCAUGGCUGAAUGACCCCACAGGCGAUGGCCACUACUAGAAGAGCCAUGAUCUCGAGCCUCACGAGCUCUAAUUAGUUGAUAUAAAAUUUCGGUUGAGUUAUUAUGUGGAUAACAUGUUCGUAGUCAAAACAAAACAACUAGGCACGAUACCCACAGGAUGUAGUGACGUGGUUAUCCUAGCUGGGAAUAUGUUUUCCUGUAAUUUCGAAGUGUACCGGGUUAUAAUCCCGCCCGUAGUCUAAGUACCUAUCCUACUGUAUGUAAUAUAGGCUCACAUAAAUAUUUAAUACGUCUGUUUUAUACUUUAUGUGAUUUUUCUAAUGUAAGUCUGUUUUAUAAAUUAAAAAAAUACAAAAUACCUAAAUCAA